AGAGCAGCAAACGCGACCAGGCAGCGCGCAGAGGAGCAGCACGACAAGGCGACAGCAGUCGACCCGACAGAAAGACAGAAGACAAGACAAGAAGCAAGCCAAGCCAAGCCCACCCACCCCCAACAAUGACACUCACCUCGGCCAUGUCAAUCUUCCGCGCACACACCCUCUCCGUACCCGCGACCGCGUCGCUGCUCCACACCUCUCUGCUUGUCCUCUCCUCCGGCCUGGCGUUCGGCAGCAUCAUCUGUGCCGGGAGCACGCUGGGGAACUGGUACUGGGCCAACGAGGGCGUGCAGGUGGCCGUUAUUGUGUGGGCUAGUCUGCUGCUUGCGUUCACCGCCGUCGUCCUCAACACGCGCUACUUCCGCUGCGAACACUGCCGAACCCCCGCGUACGCGAAGACUGGCGUCGAGGUCGCCGUGCAGGGCGUGCUCGUCGCGUAUGGCCUGAGCGUAGCGACGUGCAUUACCGCGUUGCGGACGUGGCGCGAGGGCCCAACCCACAUCCUGACCUGGAUCUCCGCCCUGCUCCUCACCGCAGCGCUCGUGUUCGAAACGCUCUUCACCCUCUCGCGCCGCCAACCCCUCCCCGCGCCCUCGGCGUGGGGCCAGACGCUGCGCGAGCUCGAGACGGCGCAGGGCGUCUGGCUGGAGGUGCGCAGCGAGGCGGGCUCGGCUGGCGAGGAGGCUGAGCCGCGCGGCGUGUGGGUCGCUGAGGGCCAUGGGGGGGUGGGGAGCGAUAAGGGCUCCGAGGAGGCUGCUGAAGUGUAAGCUGGCUGUUAGGUGCCGACGGUGUGAGUUGCCACGACGGCGUGAGUAGCGACGCUGCGGAGUAGCCGCGACGUGAGUGAGUAUCGACGCCGCGACGAGCGACACGACGUGCGGAGCAAGGGCAGUAGGCCGCCCGCACGAGACAGUAGAAAGAUGCAGCAGCAUUACACGAC